AUGGCUGCCAAAAUCACCAGGAGCGGAGCAGACAGAGCCCACUCCAUCUGUCUGAGCCUCCACUCUCCGAUGGAUUCUUUCCUCUCCAUCAUCAGCAUCAUCUUUGUCUUUGUCCCGGUCCCCUUCAUUCCACUGAAGGAGGACAUUCCAUCCCCAGCCAGAGCCGCCACAAAGCAGCCACUGUUGGGAAAGGCCACUCGAACAGCCGUGUGCUUUGUUGCAGUUCACGGAGGCUCUCGUACUCCUCGAAUCAGACGCAAUAAAAGACACGUAGGAAAGAACAGAUCCCCAGUGAUUAUGGCUCUGUUCAGGGAGAAAUGA